AAAAAACCCCAAAAAACCACCAAAAAAAAAAAAAUUAAAAAAAAAAAAAACCCCAAAAAAAAAAAAAUUAAAAAAAAAAAAAACCCAAAAAAACCCACCAAAAAAAAAAAAAUUAAAAAAAAAAAAAACAAAAAAAAAAGCCCACAAAAACCACCAAAAAAAAAAAAAAAAGCCCAAAAAAACCACCAAAAAAAACUUACGGACAACUGA